UGUACGCACGGCGGCCACAGCAGCAGCUCCUGAGCGGCAGGGUAUCCCAGCGCUGUUCUCUCUCUCUCUCACACUGCGAAGAGAAAACACUCACAGAGCGUAGAACAACAUCGGCGAUUUCCCGCACGAAAGUCCCUCUGGAAACUCCGAUGGAUUAAUCUGAUUUUCUGCGAAAGUAGAGAAUGGGCUGUGUCCAAUGUAAGGAUAAAGAAGCAGCAAAACUCACUGAUGACCGGGAGACCAGCCUCUCACACAACUCGGGGUACCGUUAUGGGUCCGACCCCACGCCACAGCACUACCCUAGCUUCGGGGUCACCACUAUCCCCAACUACAACAACUUCCACAGCGGCGCCACACAGGGGGUGACCGUGUUCGGAGGAGUUCACACGUCCUCGCAGUCUGGGACACUUCGGUCUCGUGGCGGAACAGGGGUGACUCUGUUCGUGGCUCUUUACGAUUACGAAGCCAGGACCGAGGAUGACCUCAGCUUCAGAAAGGGGGAGAGGUUCCAGAUCCUCAACAGCACCGAGGGCGACUGGUGGGAGGCUCGUUCUCUCACUACAGGUGGAACUGGUUACAUUCCCAGCAAUUACGUUGCUCCGGUGGACUCAAUCCAAGCUGAGGACUGGUAUUUUGGUAAAUUAGGCCGAAAGGACGCAGAAAGGCAACUGCUCUCCAACGGCAACGCCAGAGGCACUUUCCUCAUCCGUGAGAGUGAAACAACCAAAGGGGCCUACUCUCUCUCCAUCCAGGACUGGGAUGAUGUCAAGGGAGACCACGUGAAACACUAUAAGAUUCGUAAGCUGGACAGUGGGGGCUACUACAUCACCACCAGGGCCCAGUUUGAGACACUCCAGCAGCUAGUGCAGCACUACUCGGCCAGGGCCGCAGGGCUCUGCUGCCGACUGAUCGUACCGUGCCACAAAGGCAUGCCUCGUCUGACUGACCUGUCCGUCAAAACCAAAGACGUGUGGGAGAUCCCACGGGAGUCACUGCAACUAAUCAAACGUCUCGGCAACGGCCAGUUUGGAGAGGUCUGGAUGGGCACGUGGAAUGGCACCACCAAGGUGGCAGUCAAGACUCUGAAGCCCGGCACCAUGUCCCCCGAGUCCUUCCUGGAGGAGGCUCAGAUCAUGAAGAAGCUCCGACACGACAAGCUGGUGCAGCUCUACGCCGUGGUGUCCGAAGAACCCAUCUAUAUCGUCACGGAGUACAUGUGCAAAGGUAGUUUGCUUGACUUCCUUAAAGAUGGAGAAGGACGAGGCCUCAAGCUGCCAAAUCUAGUGGACAUGGCAGCUCAGGUGGCAGCAGGCAUGGCAUAUAUUGAGAGGAUGAACUACAUCCACAGAGACCUGCGCUCUGCCAACAUCCUAGUCGGCGAAAGUCUGGUGUGUAAGAUCGCUGACUUUGGUCUGGCCAGACUCAUCGAGGACAAUGAAUACACAGCAAGACAAGGUGCAAAGUUUCCAAUAAAGUGGACUGCUCCUGAGGCUGCUCUCUACGGGAAAUUCACCAUCAAGUCGGACGUGUGGUCGUUUGGCAUCCUGCUGACAGAGCUGGUGACCAAGGGCAGAGUGCCCUAUCCAGGCAUGAACAACCGCGAGGUGCUGGAGCAGGUGGAGCGGGGCUACCGGAUGCCGUGCCCGCAGGACUGCCCCUCUUCCCUGCACGAGCUGAUGGUGCAGUGCUGGAAGAAAGACCCGGAGGAGAGGCCCACCUUCGAGUACCUGCAGGCCUUUUUGGAGGACUACUUCACUGCCACUGAGCCUCAGUACCAGCCGGGGGAUAAUCUCUGAGCGCCGCUGCCCUCAUCUCAUGUCAUUUCACCGGCUUUCCUCCAGAGGGAGCCAGACUUCACCUAUUCUCUCUCUCAUCCUGUGGCUGUAACAAUACAAAGCUCAUCCACUGACAUCUUGACUUCCAAUCUUCAUACGAACAGGGACGACUGCUUCUCUGACAGCAUACUGACUAUCAAAUCCAAGGAUGUUUUUGGAGGUGGGAGGGGGCGCUGAGAUGACGGAGGAGUUAAAAAUGACAUGGAUGAACGAGAUGGGUCGUGUUGUGUAACUUGUAUGUAGUGUAAAUAUAAAUGGCUUGUUUACUUAUCUCUUUUUUGUUUCAUUUUAUAUUACUUUUGAUAUUUUGAAAAUGUGUGUAUUUUUUUUUUUUUUUAUCCGGGGUCAAAGUUAUUUCAGAUUUAAGGCUUGUAGAAAAAACGUGUGAGGCUCACAGUUGGUAACAAAUAGUGACAUAAUAAUUGUAAGAAUGAUAAUAGUUAGACAUCGUGGACAGAAGCAUCUCAGAAAUUUUUCUGGGAAUCCACUGGCCUUUUUUACAAGGUGAAUAUAACGAUACUGCUCUCCUCUUCUCAAGGAAACUUAGAUGUACUAUAACACCUGUUCUUGCCUUUUCAUGUUUAGUAAUAUUCUUAUAAUGUAAGGGAAUGUCUUCAUGCUUUCUACACACUAACGUAGUGCAUCAUGGACUCUUCCACCCAAACUUGUAUGGCAUCUGCACUAAUAUUAAGUGCAUUCAUCGCAUUUCAGCUUCAGCCAAUGAUUUCUAGAUCGGCUUAAAGUGACUUUUAGUUCAGCUUCUUGUAGUUGAAAAGGAGGCUGACUUCCUCUCCAACUGUAGCCUUUGUUCCGCUGACUGCGUAUUAUACUGGCAAGAUUUUAAAAUGUAUGUUGCAUUAUUGUAUGGCAGCAGGCUGUGUAGGAAUUCUUGUCUUUUCGCUUCAGCAGCCAAACAAACUUCCGCUUACAUGGCGCGAAUGAAGGAAGUGAUUUGUGUUUGUACCCCCAUAAUGUGUAUCUGGAAGUAACAUGUUGUUUACGAGACCAAACGUGUCAAUUUCACUGUAUUAUUUUUGCUUAACAUUUCAGCCAGUCUUAUGUGUCCUUAAGAUUAUGUAAUUCUACGAUUCUUUCCAGCAAAAUCUGCAGCUCUGGUGUCGAACUUCUCUCUGUGUGCAUUCCAGGACAAUACACCAUUUCUGUGUGUAUUUAAAUUGCUUUUCACAGGUGAAAAAGUGAGCAAAAACUAGUUUUUGUAUCACUUUGUUUGCCCUAAUUCAGUAGAUAUACAGCACAUGUUUUUUGUCUCUGCAUUAUUUAUUGUCUCUGUCUGUUACUUGUACACAUCUGGUUUUAAA